UAAUCAUUUUAUGCCUUGCGCUCUGUAUCUUGAAACCUUCCAGUUCAAAUCCACUGAAGGCCAUUCCCUCUCAUCUAUUCUGAAGCAAUAAUUACAAUUUGUCACAGGUUAACACUGCUCUUCUCUCUCAACCAGCAGAAACACAAUCGGCUUACAAACGUGCCGCUCUUCUGUCACAAUGUCUCCUCGCUCCAAUGAGCCACCCAGCCCAGAGGCCAAGGAACGUCGCGCACGUAAUAGGGCAGCGCAGCUAAAGUUCCGGAGGAAGAAACAAGAAGUCGAUGAGACACGCUGCAACCGGAUAAAGCACCUCGAAGGCGUGGUUGAGAGAAUGAGCACAGUAUUAGUGGACUUUACAGACGGCCUCUUGCAGCAAGAUGUCGUCCAACAGAGCCCUGGCGUGAUAGCCAGAAUUCAAGGCGUUAUUGCCGAUAUCCUUGCACUGGCCAAUGAAGCCGGAGACCCCGAACAGGAUACCAAGACUCGUAAGGCUCGAGGGAAAGCCACCGAAACCCAAUAUCAUUCUCCCAAAGACUCCGAACAUGAGCUUCCGAGUUCAAACCCCAUUGUUACCAUUACCGCUACUCCCGACGACCCGAUGACUGCCAUUUCCCCGAUGCCCCUUGCAGACGACUCCCCCAUAAAUAUGCCGUUGUUUGAAGACACAACCGUGCCGUUGCCGGUAGUUCCAACAAUCUACUCCCAAGCAAGCUACCCACCAUUCACCAUCCCAGCACCUCUUAGCCCCCUUUUGUGGUCCUCCUCAUUGCCACCUCUGUCCCUUAAUUCUUUCAUCUGUCGUCUCACAUAUUCAUGCUUCAAGGUUGGCUGCCUUGUUCUCAGCAGAUCAAUCGAUGCUCCACUACCGCUAUCAGAAGAGAGUCGUAUGUUUGGCUCGACGCUUCGCUACCGCGAAAGGGAUGAAAUGAUCUUGAGAAUGCGAUGGCUGCUCGGUCCUGGCAAGCAUGAACUUCAGACCUUGGCAGAAUUACCUUGGGGAGGGAGGUGGUGGGAUCAAGAGUUUUCCGGUAGCCACCUAGCGAAUUAUGCCACAGAUGCCACGAUGGUUGACUCAUCUGCCCCCCAGUUCCUCAGCGUCCUUGGUGUCGAGAAACAGCUCGUUGCACUUGGCGCUCGCUUCGUGGAUAAAGAGACCAUCGAGCUGGACUCGAGUGCUUUGGCGAUCCUGUCGGGGAAUCGCCUAGAACCUAGCUGCGCCCAGCCAGAGAGCUGGAGUUUUGUCAACCUUUUUCCGUCAAAAGAUUCACGACCGCAGAUAGAAGCGUCGAAAGUACGAGUCAGUCUGAAUCUACUUAUAGUGAACUUGACGAAGAUAGCGGUUUGUUUGAUGAAAGGCCCUGGCUUUCCCAGACAGGCAUUGAGAGGAGUGAUUGAAGACUCUGUGAUUACGAGGAAGACCAAUCCAGGAAAGCCCGACAUGGCCACCAUGGAAUCAUCGCUUUGUUACUAGACUAAGUAGAAGUACUCGAGUAUCUUAUCUUAUCAACCUUCUACUUGACCUGCUCUUCGACCUUCAUCUUCAAAUGUUUCCGUUUGAAGACGAUGAUUCUGAACCAGCGGUCGAAGUGGGGUUGUCUUUAGAUGAAUUGGAGGAGAAGCCUACGCUUUCUGUCAGACCUAGUUACUCGAGAGUUCUUAGAGACUUUCUCACCUCUGAAACUGUGGUGUUGAACGCCUUGUCGGUCACGCUUGAUACACCUGUCAUAAGCCAGUGCUGUCGCGUCUGAUACCAAGUGUCGUCGACAUCUGAACUCAUAAACACUGGCCCAUUAGGAAUACAUUCUAGAUGAAACUUGGUUCCAUUGUGGACGCUGAUGAACCCGUACGUGUUGUUCGGCUUCC